AUGGAGAACAUGAUGCAGGGCAAUAAGAUCAGACGAGUUGCAGCUACUCGCAUGAAUGAGAGGUCAUCUCGAUCACACACGAUUUUCCGGAUUAUUCUGGAGUCGAAAGAUGCCAAUCAGAAAGAUGGACCUGUACAUAUAAGCUACCUUAACUUAAUGGACUUAGCUGGUUCUGAGAGAGUUUCUCUGACGAAAGCUGCUGGUGAGCGUCUUAAAGAGGGGGCUAACAUAAACAAAUCUUUGUCAGUAUUAGGAAAUGUGAUAAGGCAACUAAGCGAGGGGAAGGAGUUUAUCAGUUAUCGCGAUUCGAAAUUGACUAGACUGCUCUCACAGGCUCUUGGCGGAAAUGUGCUGCUUGAUGCAAGGGAAGCUGUCGUAGACAAUGUUGAUAAAGUUAUGGAGAACAUGAUGCAGGGCAAUAAGAUCAGACGAGUUGCAGCUACUCGCAUGAAUGAGAGGUCAUCUCGAUCACACACGAUUUUCCGGAUUAUUCUGGAGUCGAAAGAUGCCAAUCAGAAAGAUGGACCUGUACAUAUAAGCUACCUUAACUUAAUGGACUUAGCUGGUUCUGAGAGAGUUUCUCUGACGAAAGCUGCUGGUGAGCGUCUUAAAGAGGGGGCUAACAUAAACAAAUCUUUGUCAGUAUUAGGAAAUGUGAUAAGGCAACUAAGCGAGGGGAAGGAGUUUAUCAGUUAUCGCGAUUCGAAAUUGACUAGACUGCUCUCACAGGCUCUUGGCGAUCCUGGGCUUUUCCAAUUAGUAUCCAAUCAGUUAUUCCAGCAUGUGGCAGACCAGGUUGAUAAGAGGUACUUGAUUAGAUGCAGUUAUAUUGAAAUCUACAAUGAAAAGAUCAAUGACCUCCUGGAUAAGAGCAAUCAGGGUUUAACUAUAAGAGAAGAUAUCAAAGGAAAUGUGCUGCUUGAUGCAAGGGAAGCUGUCGUAGACAAUGUUGAUAAAGUUAUGGAGAACAUGAUGCAGGGCAAUAAGAUCAGACGAGUUGCAGCUACUCGCAUGAAUGAGAGGUCAUCUCGAUCACACACGAUUUUCCGGAUUAUUCUGGAGUCGAAAGAUGCCAAUCAGAAAGAUGGACCUGUACAUAUAAGCUACCUUAACUUAAUGGACUUAGCUGGUUCUGAGAGAGUUUCUCUGACGAAAGCUGCUGGUGAGCGUCUUAAAGAGGGGGCUAACAUAAACAAAUCUUUGUCAGUAUUAGGAAAUGUGAUAAGGCAACUAAGCGAGGGGAAGGAGUUUAUCAGUUAUCGCGAUUCGAAAUUGACUAGACUGCUCUCACAGGCUCUUGGCGAUGUAUAUGGAUCUGUAGUAAAACCUUUAGUCGAUUCCUUCAUGGAAGGUUUCAAUGCCACAAUAUUUGCAUAUGGCCAAACAUCUUCUGGCAAAACACACACCAUUUUGGGCAAUAAAACAGAUCCUGGGCUUUUCCAAUUAGUAUCCAAUCAGUUAUUCCAGCAUGUGGCAGACCAGGUUGAUAAGAGGUACUUGAUUAGAUGCAGUUAUAUUGAAAUCUACAAUGAAAAGAUCAAUGACCUCCUGGAUAAGAGCAAUCAGGGUUUAACUAUGAGAAGAUAUCAAAGGAAAUGCUGCUUGAUGCAAGGGAAGCUGUCGUAG